AUGCCUGGCGUGGUAUCACCAUCGACAUUGCCCUUUGGAAGUUCGAGACUCCCAAGUACUACGUUACCGUCAUUGAUGCCCCCGGACAUCGCCGAUUGCGCCAUCCUUAUCAUCGCUGCCGGCACUGGUGAGUUCGAGGCUGGUAUUUCCAAGGAUGGCCAGACCCGUGAACACGCCCUUCUCGCAUACACCCUUGGUGUCAAGCAACUUAUCGUUGCUAUCAACAAGAUGGACACUACCAAGUGGUCGGAGGACCGCUUUAAGGAAAUCUCGGUUGCCUUCGUCCCUAUCUCUGGUUUCAACGGCGACAACAUGAUCGAUGCUUCUUCCAACUGCCCCUGGUACAAGGGAUGGGACAAGGAGACCAAGGCCGGGAAGUCCUCUGGAAAGACCCUUCUUGACGCCAUUGAUGCCAUCGAGCCCCCAAGUCGUCCUUCCGAUAAACCUCUUCGUCUCCCUCUCCAGGACGUCUACAAGAUUGGUGGUAUUGGAACCGUCCCUGUCGGGCGUGUCGAGACUGGUAUUAUUAAGCCCGGUAUGGUCGUUACCUUUGCCCCGGCUGGUGUGACCACCGAAGUCAAAUCUGUGGAAAUGCACCACGAGCAGCUUACUCAGGGUCUCCCCGGCGAUAAUGAAAUUAGACGUGGAAACGUUGCCGGUGACUCCAAGAACGACCCUCCCAAGGGUGCCGAGUCUUUCAACGCCCAGGUCAUUCUCAUGAACCACCCCGGCCAGGUCGGAAACGGAUACGCCCCAGUUCUUGACUGCCACACCGCUCAUAUUGCCUGCAAGUUCGCUGAGCUCAUUGAGAAGAUCGACCGUCGUACUGGUAAAUCUGUUGAAAACUCGCCAAAGUUCAUCAAAUCUGGUGAUGCUGCCAUCGUAAAGAUGAUUCCUUCCAAGCCUAUGUGUGUUGAGGCUUUCACCGAGUACCCUCCUCUUGGGCGUUUCGCCGUCCGUGACAUGAGACAGACCGUGGCCGUCGGUGUCAUCAAGUCUGUCGCCGCACAGAAGGCUGGUGCCAAGAAAUAAAUGGUUAAGGGGAGUGUGCUGGUAUGGUUUGUAGUUCUUGCGAGUUCUAGAUACUGUCCUGUUCACUUGGGCGUUUAAAAAAUAAAAAAUGUUCUCAUGUGGGUCUUUUUGUAUGAAAUGAGAUACGAAAUUAAGUUCCUUUUUUCCUUUCUUUA